AUGAUGGUCGAAAGCUCCAUCUGUGUCACACUUCUUCGAAUUGCUGUCAUCAGACUCCACCGUAUCAUCAUCUGGUGUACCCUCGCAUUCGUAUUACUUUCUACAACCACUGUCAUUAUUGGGCUUUUCGUCAUCUGCAGUCCGAUAUCUACCGCUUGGGGUCAUGAGGGAAUAUGCGCCCCGACAAUCGUUAUCGCAAGUCUCGGAUAUCUUGUGUCGACUGGUGCAGUUGUAACAGACUGGAUCUGUGCUGUCUUACCCGUCUUUAUGCUAUACCAGGUGAAUAUGAAGCGGGCAAGCAAGUUCUCAGUCGCCAUAAUCCUAGGAGUUGCGGCUUUUAUCAUUCCAAAGCACCCAGCAGUAUCCGACUGGGAGCAACUCGACGGUGGUGGGUUCAGCGGAAAGAUCCAUGUCAAGAUAGACAUGGAGAUGCAAUCGUUAGACCGGUCAACGACAUCCCGGGCGUCAAACAGGUCUAGUGAAGGCCUAGUGCCAUAA